UACAGUCAGGUUUGCUGUAAACAUUUGUACAUAUUUCUUAUAGAAAUUUCUGUGUUAAUCGGUACAAUAGAUUUCCUAAAUAAUGAAAAACUAUAUUAAAAACAUGUGAAAACGGUUAUCAUCUUUGAUUAUAUUCAACCACAUUGUGAUUGUUCGAAAUAUUUGGUACUUCACACUAAACGCAGUGAUUUCCAAGAAAAUCUGUUGACUUUUUUUACUACGUAGACAAAGUGCUUACACCCGCAAUCUGGUCCGCAGCACAACAAAAGAAGAACGAGUAUCAGUAAAAAAAGUGUAAGGCAACGAACGCUGCCACAACGAAAGCAAUCAACCCAAAUAAGAAAAAAGCAAUAACGCGUUACCUAUCGGAGAAGUCAACCCACGGUGAACUCAUUAAAUAUUCAAGUCAUGGACGAAGCGAAUAUGCAGGAUAAAGAACGGUUCGCGAGUCGAGAGAAUCAUUGUGAGAUCGAGAGAAGGCGACGCAACAAAAUGACGGCCUACAUUACUGAGCUCUCGGAUAUGGUUCCAACUUGCAGUGCACUAGCCCGUAAACCUGACAAAUUGACCAUACUACGCAUGGCUGUGGCACAUAUGAAGGCUCUGCGUGGCACUGGAAAUACCAGCAGUGAUGGCACAUACAAACCCUCUUUUCUAACCGACCAAGAAUUAAAGCAUUUAAUAUUAGAAGCAGCCGAUGGAUUUUUGUUUGUAGUUUCAUGCGACUCAGGUCGGGUUAUUUAUGUUUCAGAUUCAGUGACUCCUGUAUUAAAUUACACACAGAGUGACUGGUACGGCACCAGUUUGUACGAACACAUCCAUCCUGAUGAUCGUGAAAAAAUACGCGAACAAUUGUCGACCCAAGAGUCCCAAAAUACUGGUCGAAUACUCGAUCUUAAAACGGGUACAGUGAAGAAGGAGGGUCACCAAUCGUCAAUGCGUCUUAAUAUGGGUGCACGUCGUGGUUUCAUCUGUCGCAUGCGUGUGGGCAAUGUAAAUCCGGAAACAAUGGUGGCUGGACAUUUAAAUCGGUUGAAACAAAGAAAUUCACUGGGCCCGUCUCGCGAUGGAACUAACUAUGCAGUAGUUCACUGUACUGGAUACAUAAAAAAUUGGCCACCAACCGAUAUGUUUCCUGGUGUACAUAUGGAGCGCCCUGUAGAUGACGAUAUGCACGCUUCGCACUGCUGUCUGGUAGCUAUUGGCCGGCUGCAAGUGACCUCAACUGCCUCUAAUGACAUGACCAACUCGAAUAAUCAAUCUGAAUUUAUAACACGACAUGCAAUGGAUGGAAAAUUUACUUUUGUCGAUCAGCGCGUCAUGAAUGUGCUUGGUUAUACACCAACUGAUUUACUUGGAAAGAUCUGUUAUGACUUUUGUCACGCAGAGGAUCAGAUGAACGUAAAAGACAGUUUUGAUCAAGUACUAAAGCAGAAAGGAAAUUUCUCAUUGAUGUAUCGCACCCGUGCUAAAAGUGGUGAAUACGUUUGGAUAAGGACACAUGCUAACGCGUUUUUGAAUCCUUACACUGAGGAGGUGGAAUAUAUCGUAUGUACCAAUAGUUCAGCAAAAACGCUACAUUCGAGCGUUGCGCACGACACCAACACUCCAGACCAACCAAACGCCGAACACAUUUACGUAGCGCCCGGCGUCGAUUACACAUUGCAAGCUCGUCGGGAUGUUACAUCCUCUACAGCUGCUGCUGACGGCAUGUACACCGCACAUGGUAUGAUCGGUACACAUAUACCACCACAAAGUGCUCUGGCAGCACAACAGGCUAACAACGUAGCGCGACCCGGCUCAGCACAGAAUCCUGUAGCUUAUAAUUACGAUGCAACACAUUCGCCGUUGGGCGGUUAUCCACCUACUGCGGGUGGUCCAUCACCAAACACUGCACAUAUGGCGAAAAUUCCAAAAGCCAACAGCUCACCAACACCCGCUGCGACGACCUGGACCACCCUACGUCAGCAACAGCAGCAGCAACAGGCGGUGUCUGAAGGCUAUCAAUACAAUCAAACAAGUCCGGCACGUUCACCUAGUGGUCCUACUUAUACACAACUAAGUGCAGGCAAUGCACGUCAAGCAACUUACCAUCCCGGUAGUGGCGCACAAGCAGCUCCCCCACCACCUACCAAUGCACCAGGCAUGUGGGGCGACUGGCAAAACCCUGCUCAAGCACAUCACCCGCAUGCGCCACAUGCAGCUCCUCAUGCCAAUCACGGACCUCAUGCCGUCCAUGGAGCGCAUGUCCAAGCUGGUCAACCACAGGGUCAAGAGUUCUCUGAUAUGUUGCAAAUGUUAGACCAAAGCGGCACAACUACAUUCGAAGAUUUAAAUAUAAAUAUGUUCAACACACAAUUUGAAUAGGUAGUAGUGGUGGUAUUGGGAUCUCAAAAUGCAACAAAAGUUCAACACUUUGCAAAAAAAACGAUGCGUAUAGGCUUCUGAGGCAAUAAGUCAUGUGAAAAAGAUAAGUUAAAAGAAAACAUGUUUAAAGCAACAUAAAAACACCAAGUCAACAAUUAGGUUGCAUUCAAUAACUUCUAAACAAAAAAAAUUAAAUAACAUAGCAACUCAAUAGUAUUGUAGAUAUAACACGUUUAAGAACAAAAACCCUGAGCUCGUCACGUUUCAUUCUACCUUUUUUUUUUUUUUUUGUUAAACUUUGUUGUAAGGUCGAGGUGAACAAACGUCAGUAGCUGAUUUAAACAACGACUCGAAUGCUGGUGUAGCGCCAUUUAACAAUUUUCUCAUUUUAAAUAUAUUUUCCCAGAAAGAAGCAAAUGCCUUGGUUCGAAUCUAUCUGUAUGGAAUGAGAAUCUAAAUAUUCUUCACAACGCUUAUGGCAAAAUAAUGAAAUGGAUUAAGUUCCCUAAAUAGGAAAAGUAAAAAAUAAAGAUAUUAAUUUAAAAUUUUAGACUGUUUGAAACUUCUGAGACAAACUGUCAAUAGAUACAGCGGUUAAAAUAGUCAGUGCGUGAGCAGCCAUAUCACUUCGAUAUUCGGGUCCGGCUAAAGUAUAUAUAUUAUAUUAACUUAAAGUUUCGGAAAUUGUAUUUUUUUUUGUUUUGUUAUCACAACAAAGUCGGAGUAGCUAUGUUGAAAUGAUCGCCAAAGAAGGCGCAGACAAUCUAUAUAGUAUGUGAUUGCAUCAUUGUAUUGUAUUUAGAAGUUGGCUUGUUUUUCUGAAGCCUAAUAUUAAAAAAAAUCUGCUCGCAUACUAGGCUUUCUAGAUUUCUUACCGCACUAGACUACCAAGGCCUUGGGUUUAUUCCUUUUUAUUCUGUUAACUCCGUAUUACGUGCAUUAGGAAAAAUCCUUAGGGCAAUGGGCACGGAAUGCCAAGAAAAAAUGUUUGGUUUAGGUUAUUUUAUACUUAAUUUAAAAAAUAUAGAACUAGCAAAAAAUAUUCCUUGCGCAAAAUUGUAUACAAAAUAAAUUUUACCGUUCUGCUUUGCUAACGAAAAGUAAUGGUUUAGUUGCAAUAUAUCACAAUAAUGUAUAUAUGGAAGUGAUCUAGGACCUUAAUCAGCUAUAUAUAAUUUUACCGUAAAACAAUUAGAAAGCUUUGAGAUGGCAACAAUUGAUUAUAUUCUAAUAAUUGUAUGAAAUUGGUCAUCACUGCUACACUUUUAAAACUAAUUAUUGCUGCGUAUGUACUCAUACAUAUACAUAUAUAUACUAUUAUCUAUGAAAAUGCAUCUUUGCAUUUAUUAAUUUUUCUAUUUCCAUUGGUGAAAAAGCGUCAAGUACAUGAUAUUGUGUUAUAUUUGCCACAGAAACAGAUCAUUUCAAAAAACCCGAUUAAGCGUAAGCAAAAACAUUUAGCUAAAUUUUUCAAGAUGAAAAAGUUUAAGAUAGCUGAAAGAAUAAACGAACAAAAUUCAUUUAGUCAGGUUUAAGCUUUUUGAUAACUGCAUUAGCAUGCACUAAAUUUAUAUGCUUGUAUGUAAGUAGAAUAUUAAUAAAGUUUCAAGGUUUCUCCUUGAAAAUGUUGGGGAAUUUGAAUAACGGUAAAUAUAAUUACACCUUUAAGAUAAUGUAGUAAUCCGCUAACUACCUACAGGCACCAUUUAAAUAAUUUUGCGUAUUAAUUAAUUGUAAAAUAUAAUCGCAAUU